CUAAACUGAAAGUUGAUUAGAUUUUUGGAAAUUUACCACACUGCACCAAAUCAGAAUGGAUGGAAAGAGCAAGAAAGAAAAAGUGCGCAGUGAAAAGGAUGACAAGAAAACAAACGCUGAAACCUCUAAUGAUGAUUUGUGUUGCAAUGAAAAUUCAGCAGACAAGAAGGAGGAAGAAGUAAAAACAACCUCUGUUGAAAUAUGGAAAGACAAAAAGUUACGAAUAGUGAUUUUCAUUGUAGGAGUAUUGCAUGUUUUUCAGAUAUGCGGGAUUACGUAUUUAUUGCAACAAAACUUCACCGUCUUACAUCAAUCGUAUCCAACUGUUCCAUUAGAAACAGAUCCCGGGGAUUCCUCGUUAGUCUGUGGCCGGGAAGAGGCUGAUGUGUCAGAAAGAAUCAUAAAUGUUGUUCAUGAUUUAAAUCUAUUACACAACGAAUUCCACAGUUAUGUCAAAGACAGACAACAGGAAACUGAGGCAUGGGUGAAUGAAUUGUCGAAAUGUAACAAAAAUUUGGAGCGCAUGAUUAAAAAUAUAACUGAUUUGGAAGAAGACAAGAAUACAAUGUUCCAAACUAUUAACGUUUUGCAAAAGGAUUAUACUAACAAAACGGAAGAGGAAAAGCAACAUUUAAAGCAGCUUGAGGCCAAUUUCACGGAAAAGAUGCUAACAAUGAAGCAAGAAAUACUUCAAAAUAAAUCAUCGAAGAAAUUAAGAGGUCUGUAUGCUGACAUUGACAUGAAAAUCGAUGAACAGAAAGGGGAAUUUGGUGAACACCAUAAUGAAAUAUCUGUUGAUAUUGAAAGAAUCAUUGCAAAAAUUACAAAGCUUGACAGGAAUUUAAAUGAAUACAGCAGAACUUUGAUGAAGAAAGAAGAGACAAUUGAUAGACAAUUUAGUGAAGUUAUUCAAAGUAUAAAUGAAUCACACAAAAGGCUCAAGGAAAUUGAUGAAAAAGCGAGGAAGGUUAAGGAAGAAGUUGAUGCCGAAAAAAAGAAAAUUGAAUCCACUUUGACUGAUAUCAAAAACAUCGAGGAAAACAUGAACCAUUUAAACAUUAAUAAUACAGAAAAAGAUGAGCACACCAAAGACAAAUUUAGUUACAUCGAUCAAAAAUUGAAAGAAUCGAAAAUAAUGAUGAAGAAAUUAAAAAAAAGAAUAAAGAGGAUUAACAUAAAAGUUCAUACCGAAAAGAGGAAUGUUGAAUCCACAGCGGCUUACGCCAAAGAACUGGAUGAUAGAAUAAAAGAAUUAUACAAUCAUACCACAGAAAGAGAAAAAGAAGUAAAAGAAAAAUUUAAUAGCAUUGAGGGAAGACUGAAUUUAUUAGUGGCAUUUGUCAUUGGAGUUGAUGAAAAGUUUGAAAAAGAAGUAAAAAAGAUUUUGGAUAAAGUCAAUGCAGAAAAGGAGAAAUUAGAAUCCACACUGGCUGGAUUGCAUGGGCAGUUGGACUACUUUUCUGUUGAACUAAAUGAUGACAAUCUAUUCAUUGUGGGAUUCUUAGUCCUAGUGGUAAUGGCUGUCAUUUUCAUUGUAUACAAACUCCUGAUACUAAGGCCAUCGCCAGUACCUGUUUAUAAACCGACAACAGCAACAUCUGCUCCGCAACCAAGGGUAGGAGGAAACUUUAAGUUUUCAUCUAAAAUUGUUGAAAGUACUAGUACUAGUAUAUCUAGUACUAAUAUAUCCAGUACUAGUAUAUCCAGUACUAAUAUAUCCAGUACUAGUAUAUCCAGACAAACUGUGGAGCUAAGCAUAAAUCUCAUAAGCUUCAACUCUACCUCACAGAAGUUUUACAAGGACCUUAUAGAUGCAAUCCCUAUGCCUGGUUCUACAAAAGUCCAUACAUGCAACAUCAAUCAAUUCGAUGAGGUCAAACAAACGAUGCCCACCAAGAUUGCGUUUGUGUUUGUUGACUUUAAUGAGAGGAAUAUCAUUCUGGAGGACCCAGAGACAGAAAAAGGUGACCUCCGCAGAAUGACCACUCAAGGACUCCUCAAGAUGGGCUGUGAUGUUUUUGUGAUUUACGUUAGAGACAAGGGAUCUCGGAAUUUAGGUCGGGAUGGGCUGUACAAUCCCAGCCUCUUCUCAGUGGAGAAGCACGCUGUACUUCAUAAACUGAAGGAGAAACGCCGGGUGUUGUCUCUCUACGACAGGUUCCACCCACAACAGGUGAAAUUCUUAGAGGAAUGUCUCAAACACUCGUAAU